AUGUCCCAGCGGAUGAGGCGCAAUGGGUCCCCCACGCCGGCCGGCUCCCUCGGGGGCGGUGCGGUCGCCACGGCCGGGGGAGCAGGGAGCCGCCUGCAGCCCAUGAGGGCAACGGUUCCGUUCCAGCUGAAGCAGCAGCAGCAGCAGCAACAUGGCAGCCCCACGCGGAGCAACGGCGGUGGCGGUGGCAACAACAACGGCGGCUGCUGUGGUGGCGCCUCAGGCCCCUCAGGCGGCGGGGGCCCGCGCACAGCCUCGCGCAGCACGAGCCCCACUCGCAGCGGAGGGUGUGCGGCCGCACGCACUAGCCCCACGGUGGCCACGCAGACGGGCGCGUCUGCGACCUCCACGCGAGGUACCAGCCCCACGCGCGGCGCCGCGCCCGGGGCUCGCGGGAGCCCACCACGGCCGCAGCCCCCGCCGCCGCUGCUGGGCACCGUGUCAUCGCCUUGCUCAUCGCCCACCCACCUGUGGACUGGCGAGGUGAGCGCGGCCCCACCCCCAGCCCGCGUCCGGCACCGGAGGAGGUCCCCGGAGCAGAGCCGAUGCUCCCCGGAGAGAAGGAGCCCGAGCGCCCCCGUUUGCAAAGCAGGUGAUAAAACACGACCACCUUCCUCAAGCCCCUCAACUAUUAUCCGCCGCACUUCCUCUCUGGAUACACUUGCUGCUCCAUACCUUGCAGGACACUGGCCUCGUGAUAGUCAUGGUCAAGCUGCUCCUUGCAUGAGGGACAAAGCUACACAGACAGAGAGUGCAUGGGCAGAAGAAUACUCUGAAAAGAAGAAAGGGUCUCACAAGCGUUCAGCAUCCUGGGGCAGUACAGAUCAACUCAAGGAGAUUGCAAAAUUGCGCCAGCAAUUGCAGAGAAGUAAACAUAGUAGUCGGCAUCAUCGAGAGAAAGAAAGACAGUCUCCAUUCCAUGGCAACCAUUCAGCCAUUAACCAAUGUCAGGCUCCUGUUCCAAAGAGUACACUUAUUCCAGUAAUUCCCAUCACCAAAUCAACAGGCUCCCGUUUCCGGAACAGUGUGGAAGGAUUGAAUCAGGAGAUUGAAAUAAUAAUUAAAGAGACAGGGGAAAAGGAAGAACAACUUAUACCACAAGAUAUUCCAGAUGGCCAUCGUGCACCUCCCCCCCUUGUACAGAGAAGUAGCAGUACACGCAGCAUCGACACACAGACCCCCGGCGGGGCAGACAGGGGAAGCAACAACAGCAGCCGCUCUCAGUCUGUGUCCCCCACAUCAUUCCUCACCAUCUCCAAUGAAGGUAGUGAAGAGAGUCCUUGUUCAGCUGAUGACCUGCUGGUUGAUCCUAGAGAUAAAGAGAAUGGGAACAACUCUCCUUUGCCCAAAUAUGCAACCUCACCAAAACCUAACAACAGUUAUAUGUUCAAAAGGGAACCUCCAGAGGGCUGUGAAAGGGUCAAAGUCUUUGAGGAAUGCUCGCCAAAACAACUUCAUGAAAUCCCAGCCUUUUACUGUCCUGACAAAAACAAGGUGAAUUUCAUUCCUAAAAGCGGCUCUGCUUUCUGCCUCGUCAGCAUCCUCAAGCCACUCCUUCCCACACCAGAUCUGACCCUCAAGGGCUCUGGCCACAGUCUGACAGUCACCACUGGCAUGACAACCACUCUGCUGCAGCCUAUUGCUGUGGCCUCCCUGUCUACAAACCCAGAGCAAGACCGAGUCUCUCGAGGAACAAGUACAGUCAUGCCAUCAGCCUCUCUACUGUCACCACCAGAACCAAUUGAGGAAGCUGAAGGAUAGGUGUCAGUGCUGCGUAGUCUGUGUUCCCUCAGAUCUCUUGACUGUGUGGCAUCGUGCACUCCCAGUUGGCUGUGACCUACUCCAGCUUUCCACAGUGACACAUCCCAAUGCAGCUUCUGGAAGCAAGCAGCUCCCCUGAUGGCUCUGCUCGCUUAUGAAGGCCAGCCCUCAGUGCUUGGCCUACUUUUUCCUAAAGCACUGGUUGAAAUAAGAAAGGUCUCAUUCUUUACUUUUGGUGGGCUGAUAUCACAUUGUUUUUGGUUUUUAAAUUAAACUUCUUUAGAAACAAAAACACAAAAAACUGACCCCUACAAACAUGAUUCCUGGAGACGUGAAUGAUGCUGCAAGAACCAUCUUUUAUAUGAAAAUGACUAUUUUAUACCAGUGUUACAUUUUCUGAAACGUAGCAAACAUGUUCAAAAGAUUCUUUGGUGGCCUCUGUUUCUUGUUUCCCUUUCUAGAUGUGUGCUUUUCUCAGCUUUGGGACCAAAGGGAUUGUUGACAUUUUCCCAGCAAUCUUAAUCUCAUUACUGUGUUCUUCUCCCAAACAAGAAUUGAUAGGUAAAUGCAUUGAACAAGUAUAUAUAAAAAUAAAUAAAAAGCAAUAUUAGUACAUUCUGUGAUUUAUGUUUUCUGAUGUCAGAGGUUUGUGCUUUGAGUAAAAUAUUUGUAAAACUGCUGUUUUCUUCACUACUCUUGUAUAUGUUUCACCAUGUGGUCAGACAAAUUGUAGUCCAGAGACAAGUGCUUAUUAUGUUCUCACCCAUCAUUGGAAGUUGGUUUAAAAGUCAGUGAGCCAAAGGAAGCUACCCAGUAUUGAUUGCUAGCUAGGAGUAAGGAGACCCUUCGGUUUUCUGCACAAUAUUUGUCACAUGAUCUCCCUUUACCACAGGUGACAUUCUACCUUUAAUCAUCACUGUAUCAUAGUCCCAAGAGAUCCUAAAAUGACUGUGCAUGGAUUUCCUCCUUUGCUUUUGUGUUGUUGUCGUCUUGUGGAUUUGGUCAGGGUUUGUAGUUUGCCAGGAGUGUAAUCCAUUGAAUAGAAAUCUGUUGUCACAGAAUCUUGCGACUGACGUUUUCUUUAUGGUAGUUGGCACUGAGAUGUUACCUACAGGUUUUGCUAGUUGUCUGUCCAACAUUCCACACAGUGGGGAAAACAGGCAAAGGAGAGAUUUGGAGCAUAAACAACAGGAACCUUUGAAAAAUCCAUCCAGCUUUGAAUUUAAGCUUCUAAUAUAGUCACUGCCAAUAUCACAUGUCAACGUAUUUCAUGUCUGGAUAUGUGGCACUAGAAUUAAGGAACAGCUCUUUUAAAAAGUGGGUUUCAACAAACUGUUGAUAAAAAGCAUCCUUCUAAGGUCUUCAUAUACUACGUUAUGAUGCAAUAAUAUAAUGUUCUUAUACAUAUUAAAGGUAUAAAAAUUUAAAUACUUGUAAAAGGAAUACAGUUUAGAGGGUUACUAUGUCAGUUUAUCCAGACAUAUCCCAUCAGAGAGAACCUAGUGGUAGCAAUAAAUCUUCUGAAAAGACUUCUUAUUCUCAUGCACCUUUAAAACACCUAAGUAAUAUAAAACAUGCCCUGUUAAAGUUAAAAUGGAGAUGUAUUUAGGGAAGUUAGAUAAAUUCAAACAUAGAAGUCUGUCAGGUUAGUUGGUGAGACCAGUGAAUUUUGGUACCAUUUUUGUCCAAAAUUAAUUUACUUGGAAUUAGUGCAUGUGGCUCCUAAUCAGUAAAAGCCCAGUUAUUCAGGAUCUAAAUAUUCUGGUUGGUUUAUUGAGAACCUUGAUUCUUUGCCUUUGUCUUGACCAUUUCACCACAGAGAACUGGUCUAUCAGAAGUACAGAAAGGUAAAACUGAAGUUGAGUGAGUUAUUUUUAUUAUUAUUUUUUUAUCCUCACCCGAGGACAUUUUUGCAUGUAUCUUCAUAGAGCGGGAAGGAGAG